AUGAAGCACAGACUGCGUGCGUGUGUGCACAACGACCUGCGCACCAAAGUCCAGCCAGCCGCCAGCAACAUGCGGUACGUGACUUGGGAUGCAGCUUUGGCAAGGACUGCAAGGGCAUGGGCAAAUAAAUGCAUUUUUGAACAUAACGUAUACUUAAGUAGGAAACAUCAGCACCAUCCUAAUUUCACAUAUACUGGAGAGAAUAUUUGGGUUGGAAGUCGUCAAGCUUUCUAUGUUGCUGAUGCCAUUAAAUCCUGGUAUGAUGAGGUCAGAUUGUAUACUUUUGCGGUGCAGAAAUGUACUAAGGUUUGCAAUCAUUACAUUCAGGUCAUUUGGGACUAUUCAUACAAAAUUGGCUGUGCUGUUACUCUUUGUAAGGAAGUUUCAGGAAUACGAAAUGCAGCAAAUUUUGUUUGCAACUAUUCACCAGGCAAACCUGGGCCACUAUUAGGGAGUUCAGUUAGCCUGAACUAA